AUGUUGUCCAAGGCACUGUUUUUCUCGUCACUUCCGCUGUGGGCAAAGGUUGCAUCGGCGGCCUUUGGCAUCACAACCACCGACUCGUCCUACACUAUUGAUGCUGGAUCGCCGAACCCCCUGAAGUUUACGGUGAGUCGCAGCAGCUGCGACAUCACCUCCAUCAACUACUAUGGUUCGGAGCUGCAGUAUCAGAGCAAGGGAAGUCACAUCGGGUCGGGUCUGGGGUCUGCUUCCGUGUCUGCUGUACAGAAUGGCGACUAUAUCAAGGUGACCUGCGACACCGACACAUUGACGCACUAUUUCGUCGUCCAUAGCGGUGACCCCAUUAUCCAUAUGGCGACGUACAUUACUGCAGAACCCUCCAUCGGCGAACUGCGGUUUAUCGCUCGUCUUAACUCCAAUCUCCUCCCCAACGAGGAGCCCUUCGGAGACGUCUCCACCACAGCAGGUGGCUCGGCAAUCGAAGGCUCGGACGUGUUCCUCGUCAACGGCCAGACUCGCAGCAAGUUCUAUUCCAGCCAACGGUUCAUCGACGACCAGAGACACUGCAUCUCGGGCAGUGCUCACCGCGUGUGCAUGAUCCUGAACCAGUACGAGUCUUCCUCCGGCGGACCAUUCCACCGCAACAACGGCGGCGAUUACAACUCUCUCUACUGGUACAUGAACUCCGGCCACGUUCAGACCGAAUCCUACCGCAUGGGUCUCCACGGCCCGUACUCGAUGUACUUCAGCCGCAGCGGAACCCCAGGCACCAACAUCGACACCUCCUUCUUCGCCAACCUCGACAUCAAAGGCUACGUCCCCGCCAGCGGCCGCGGCACCGUAACCGGAAAGGCAUCGGGCGCAGACUCCAACUUCAAAUGGGUGGUGCACUGGUACACACACACCCCUUCCCAUACUCCACCACCGCUGCAGCAUCUAACAAGCAACACCAGGUACAACGACGCCGCCCAAUACUGGACCUACACCGCUUCCGACGGCAGCUUCACCUCGCCCGCCAUGAAGCCCGGCACCUACACGAUGGCCUACUACCAGGGCGAGUACCGCGUCGCCGAGACCAGCGUGACCGUCAGCGCGGGUUCAUCCACGACAAAGAACAUCUCCGGCUCCGUCAAGACGGGGACGACGAUCUUCAAGAUUGGCGACUGGGAUGGACAACCGACCGGCUUCCUCAACGCCGACAAGCAGCUCCGUAUGCACCCGUCCGACUCGCGCAUGUCCAGCUGGGGCCCCGUCACCUACACCGUCGGCAGCUCGUCCGUCGGGUCCUUCCCCAUGGCGUUGUUCAAGUCCGUGAAUAGUCCUGUUACCAUCAAGUUCACCGCAACGUCUGCGCAGACGGGCGCGGCGACGCUGCGCAUCGGUACCACGCUUUCGUUCGCCGGUGGACGGCCGCAGGCUACGAUCAACAGCUAUACCGGGCCCACGCCUUCGGCACCUACGAACCUCAACUCCCGUGGCGUUACUCGCGGUGCGUACCGCGGUCUGGGUGAGGUGUACGAUGUGUCUAUUCCCGCGGGCACGAUUGUCGCUGGGACCAACACGAUUACUAUCAAUGUCAUCUCUGGCAGCUCGGGGGACGACUUCUUGAGUCCCAACUUUGUAAGUGCCUAUCCAUUCUUGACGUUGAUGCGAUGCUGA